GCCUGAGGAGAAUUUAAGCUUAAAUGCUGAUAAAAAAAAGAGACGAAAACAGACUCGUAGCUACACUGCUAGCACAGGCUAACACCAUGAAAGUAUUACUUAGUAAAGUUUGUUUGGCUGCUCAUAAAGUUCCCCAGUUAACAGAAUUAUAGGAAUACCCGAAGAAGUGCGUCAAAAAAGAUCCCACCUUUUACUGUUUUGUGUUGCUUUUUUGGCUCACGUUUUUCUAAAUCCGGUUCCGGUCCGACAAACUUAUCAGUCCUCCUUCUACUAGUAAUGCUAAACCAUUCGUUCCGCUAUGGCCAAUGAGGCGGUUGUUAACAGAUAAGCGACCAUAUCUCUUAAAAGAAAGAAUAUAUUUCAUGAAUGUAAAUUAGGUUAUCAAAGCUGUAUAAACCAGAAAAUAACUACACUAUCUACUUCCCGGGGACUGCAUUUUAAUUCGUGUCACCUUGGAGACUACAGUUUGCUCGUGGCUAACGGCGAAUCUUACCAACCGACAAUAAAGUGCCGCCAGGUAGGAGAUAGGUUAGUGGGUAACCUUCAUCUAUGUACCGAGAUAUUUCCGUUGCUGUGUUCUCUUCUCGUGUCGGCUGUUUAAAAUGGGAGUAGUUUUGAGGAACCUCCAGAAGGUGGUGCCUCUUCGGCGCGCCAGGCUGCGCAGGGACGUGGUCACGCUGAGACACAUACUGGGCAUCCAGAAGUUCGACCUGGGUAUCAUCUGCGUGGACAACCAGAAGAUGCAGCAGAUCAAUCACAUCUACAGGAAGAAGAACACCCCCACGGAUGUCCUGUCUUUCCCAUUCUACGAGGACCUGAGGCCCGGGAAGUUGCCCUGCCCCCUUCACAGAGACGAGCUGAACCUUGGAGAUAUCUUCCUUGGGGUGGAGUUUGUGAUGAAGCAGUGUCAGGAGGAAUCCCUGGAUCUGCACGGAGCGCUGACUGUUGUCACUGCGCACGGGAUCUGCCACCUGCUGGGCUACAGGCAUGAGACAGAGGAAGAAUGGACUGAGAUGCAGCAGAGAGAAAACUACAUCCUGAGCGAGUACAGCAGACUCACAGGCCGACACCUAGACCCCCUGAUGAAGAGGUGCAGUCAGGACAGGUGACCCUGACUGCUGCCUGCAGGCCUGAGAUUAAAUAUUGCACUAUGUGAUGGUGGAAACUGCUUCUA